GCAAUCAUCAGACUGCUUUCGACAGCAAGCGCGGUCAUGAGCGGUUUUCCCCGUCCUUGCCAUGCAGAGCACGAUCCACCAAUCAAGUUGAGCAGGAAAUUGAAUUUCACCGGUUGCUUGCAAUAGUUUGUCUUCCAUCACCAGCUAAAUAUUCCCAGUAGUUGUUUAUUGCUCUCUUGAAUCUUAAUCUGUCGAGUGAUCCGUGAAUUAAUUGAUCUGUUCCUCUUGAGAAAUCAAUAAUUAUGUGGAUAUUCCGUCGGGCUAAACUUACAACCAGUGCUGCGUUCUUCAAUGUUAUCAACAAUAAUAGCAGCAGUGGUUCCAGCACUAGCAAUGCAGGUGCCAAAUAUGUGGCGAAAAAAUCGGGCUACAACAAAUUGGCCUGCUGCGAAGACACGGCUCCCGAUAACAGCAACGGCAAUGUGACGUCACAGGGCAACUCGGACGAGAACUCGCCUUCGCUCGCCAUGCGAACGGACGUCGACAACGACAACCGACACCACACCGACUCCAGUUCCGCGUCCGACUUCGACCUCGAAGAGGAGGAGGAGGACGAGGAUUUCUCCGACGAGUCUGAUUAUGAGGAGUCUCUCACCUGUAACGUCUGCGAUCGAUCCUUUUGUAGUCCACGGCAACUCUCGCAACACCAACAGAAGAAAAGACAUUUCGGAUGCGGAGCCUGUGACAGUCUAUUCCAGUCGUUGAUGGCACUCGAACACCACAAGGAGGAGUUCGAGCACUGGUCGGGAGACGACUGCGCACUCAACCCCAACGGACACACUGAUGAAGACGAGGAAUCGUCUUGUAGCGAAGAAACUUCCGAAGAAAUGGAGAGACUGCUAUGAAAACCUUUUUUGUCGAUCACAAUUUUUGUACACUUUGAAGUCCCCUCGAUCACCUCCUAGAAAGGAGGGCAAAAUAUUGAUAAGCUGGAAUGCUUUGAAGAUUAUAUUCCAUUCCAUUCAGGGCCAUAUGCACCAUCUCGGUUUAAACUCGGAAUGGAACAUGUUAUAUUAUAAAGGCGACCAUGUCUACUGAUUUGUAAUCAUGAAUGAGCGUUUAACCAGAGACAAAUAACAGAUGGAAAUUACUAAGAUAGACGAAAAUCCAAAUGAAUGCUGUAAUUCACCCCGAAGACCGUCUAUUAGAAUUUCCAUCUAGCUGUUUACCCUGUUGUCAAUAUUUGCAGUAGCAGAUGUCUUCAGGGUGAAUUGCAGCAUUUAUUUGGAUUUUCGUCCAAUUAUAAUAAUAAUUAGAGACAAAUAAAUUUAAUAUUAUAUUUACUUUAUGGUUCAACGUAGAUGAUGCAUAUGGGCCUCAGACAUUUUGUGCUGAUAAUGCAGCAGGCAACAUAUUAACGAAUGUAACCAAGAACUUCCAGUCCUUAAACUUUUAAGAUUAAGUAUUGUCAGUAUUAAUUAAUGUACGAGGAAAUCUUCCCACCAAUUAUUAAACUGUGAGAGAUUCAUUGUAAUACAAUGAAUCCACUCAUGAUUGUACUAAUGGGUGAGAGUAAUUUAAAAGACCCAACAAUUUUUGUACUCAAAAACUAUAUUUUCUUCCAAGAUCAUUAUUUUCAAUGAAUCAUAUUACCAUUUUCUUAGAGUUAUUUUCGAUUGUAGUAAACCAUUUCUUGAUCUCAACUGUGUAAUUGAUAGAAUAUUAUUGUAAGACUUUUGUUGUUUGUUGAAUAAUAUAUUGAAUGUAAUUGUAUGGAUAUUGUAAAUAGUGAUAAUUUUAGUAAUACUAAUUACCAUUGAAUGUAAUUGCCUGAACUCCGAUAUAGUUAUAGAUAUUCUAUGGAAUAUACUCGUUAUUUUUAUAAGAGAAAUGAAUAUUUCCACUAGUGGAAUCAAUAACCAAAUAGGGAUCAAAAGCAUUAUCUCUAUUUCUGUUCAAAUAUUGCACAUUUUUGCAGUUGAAACGUGUAGUUUGACUGGAGAGAUUCGAUUUCACAUUUCCCAAGGGAGAAAGAAGUUACUUAGGAACGUGAAUUGAUAGACUGGAUAAGAAUUUUGUGAGUGAUAAGAUUCGAUGAGAAGAAGAGUGUGAUCAAGCUUGACAGUCUACGAAGUGUAUUUCAAUGACUGGAUGACUGUCAGUCAUAAUAUUAUCUUUAAGACAAUCGUGAGGUAUUUAUCCUGACUCUAUAGGAAUUUCAUUCAUCAUAACUUAUUCCAUUCAAUGUCCAUUGAUAUCUUCUUAUCUUUUAAUUCCUCCUUCAUGAAUUUAUGUCAUACUGGUUUCCUACUAUGCCACAAGGUCCCAUAAGUUAUGAAGAGGAGCAUCAAGAAGAGAAUUCAACAUGUUUUCAUGCAAUAAGAUGCAGAGACCCACGUUUUAUAGCCUGGGAAUAUGUUUUCUGUGGUAUGAUAAGAGUGGCAGCUCCCCUUCGAGAGAUUGUAGUCGUAUAUAAUUUUCAAUUUCGAUGUUUGUCAAUUAUUCGUGGAAAUGAAUAAUGGAAUCUUGAUUUUUUUUGUAAAGUUUUAUUGCUCGCAAUAGGUUUGAAACUCUAACUUCAGAUAAAAAAAUGAUACAGUGUUAUAUUGACAAAGUCAAGUUUCCAAUGAAAUGAUAGUUGAUUGAUGAAGAAAUUAUGGUUUGAUAAAUGAUAAUGAUAAUGAAUUGGUCAUCGAAUGAUAAUAAAAUGAUAAUGGAAGUCAGUAGAGAAGCAAAUCCAUCACCCAAGGAAAGCUCCUCUCGAUAUCCAGCUAGAGUUGGGAACAGUUGAAGAGUAGAUUGAGAAUAAUUUACCUCAUUCACUUAUGAAAAACACAAAUACAAACUGUCAAAUGUAAGUGAUUUAUAUUUGUGUUUUUCAACCACUCUUAAGUGGUUCUGUGUUUUUCAUUAUGGGAAAUACCACAAUAUCACACAAAACACAACUGUCAUUCACUUAUAGUUUAACAGAUUGGGAAAACGAAGAAUAGAAAGAAUUUUAAUGUAGAAUUUUUCUGCCAAUAAAUUUAUGUAUCUCUGCAAAAAUUGCUGCAGAAUCGUUGAAAGUCCACAAUUAUAUCACUAACUGGAAUCGUUUGUGCAGUAUGUCCUUAUGGAAUCGUUAUAUCUGUAUGGAAUCAUAUUUUCCUAAUAUGCUGCAGUGAUUCUCUCAAAUCUUUGAUCUUUCCACAAUGAAAAUAAUAUUACAUGAGGAAAUUAUCAAGCUACAACUUUGUGUCAAAAGCGUCAAAAUGAAAUAGAACGUCACCAAGGACAUCAGAAAGCCACAUUAGUUAUUGGUUAAUGGAGGAGAUUGAUGAAAAGUACUUUUUUGAGAGAGUAGAAAAUUUAGAUGUAGUGAUGGGGAAAUAUUAUUCAUGUACUAUAUUACUGUUGAAAGGAUAAAAACCAAUUCCAUUAUCUUCGACAAACUUUGUUAUCUCAAAUCAUUGCAAACCAGUCUAUGCAGGACAGAUUGUAUUCCAUCAAAAUAUUACGAUAUUGUGAUGGAAUUUAAUCUCUCCUGAAUAUUUGUAGUACUAGAAUCAAUACAAUUCUCCUGGAUCUCAAUUUACCUUGGAACUGGACAUUACAUUAGCAUUGGAAAUUGGAUUAGUUACCUGAAUAACCUGGUGAAGCAAUAAAUGUCCAUUACAACAUUAUUUGUUCGAAAUGACUCGUGAACCCAUUAGCGGUAAUGACUCGACCAUAUUUGAUUUCCACUCUUGAGUCUCCGACCCGUUGUUUUUGUUGGACAAAAUGCAAAUUUCGCUGCAAAAAUGAAGCAUUUUUCCAGAUUAUACACCGAUUGAAUUGAGAAUCCAUCAGAAUCAACCCAUUAAAUUUUCCUAUUCAUGAAUUCCUUACUUGAUUGAUUGAAAAGAUGGAGAUUGAAUAAUCAAUUAUUCAAUUUCAAAAUGAACAUUCUAAAAAUUAACAGAUUCAUUAACUACAACAAUGCAUUGUGAAAUCAAUAUUAUUAUUUGCUCUAGUUGAAAACGUUUAUUCACAAGGAACUCACUCAAAACUUCUGUUGAUGCCGGUUGAAGGUUCAAUAUUUGAUAUUAUUGAAGUGAAUCAGUGAUCUCCCUGGAACUGGAUAGCCUAGAUAGUUUCGAAAUUUAUGGAUAUGAAGAACAUAAAGCUGUGACUUGAAUGUAACUGUUUGCAACUAUUGAAGUAAUUGCAAUAUGUAAUAAUUAUUCUGUAAAUACUUGUUUGUACAAUGUUGAUUUUUCGAUGUUACCGUUUAUUUUGACCCGGUGUUAAUAAAAUACUUUUCCAAUA